AUGCCCAGUGAUUACGUUGAAUUGGAAUGGUCUACUUUGGAUGAAAAUCUCAAUGUAUCCGAUCGAGUCUUUUCCACCGAAUUAGGAGGGGAUAUCUUAGAUUCCCUUCUUCGUGAUUCUAAUCCUCCCUGUGAUCAACCACCAAUUAAUGGAUCAAGCUAUUCGGAAAUCCCUUAUCUAGAUACCGAAUUUCCCAUUGCUCAUGGCAUUAAUCUGCAAGUUGAUGAUUUAAUUCCACAUAAGGUUAGCAAUGCUUCUCUUGUCUCUAGUUCAUAUGAUCGAUUACGGAUAUCCACGAAAAUACUUUGCAGAGUUGGACGAAGUAUAGUAGCGGAGCAGUACCAGAGAAUGAAUUUAGGAAAAGUCAAGUUGGAAGGUGGUAAGCCAAUAAAAAUGACUGAGGAAACAGUUCAAAGAGACCGUGAGUUGUUACAGAGAACACUUACAGGAGCAGGGAUAACUAUAGCUCGUAUAAAGUGGAGAACAAAGGAUUUAGGAGAUUUGUACAAACAUACCUGUGUUAAAGAAGGCUGUUGUUAUCAUUCCUAUUCUUAUGAACACCUAAUAAAACACCUCAAGAUGGGACAUUACGUUCUUGAAGAAUUACUCCCGGACGCAGAAGAUGAUCCUAAUGAAUUGACUUCGCCUUUUCUUUGCUUUCCAAUAAAUCCUCUGAAAAUGACUGAUCAUGGCAGGAAUAUCUACUUGUGCCAGCAUUGCAAUUUAUAUUUUGGCUCACAGAAGUCGAUAGUAACUCAUUAUUUAGAAAUGCACAAUGUGAACAUACCAGAGACUAAUGAGUUAAAUGUAUUCGACACAUGCAGUUUUUGUCGAGAAUUAAUAGAUAAGGAGGGUGAUAAACUACCUGUGUGUCGAUUGCGUCUGGACAGCAAGUUGCCGAAAUUUAUAUGGAAUGAGAUUGGAAAAUAUUUGGAAUUUGACCCUGCACGAGGAAUCGGUGCUCACGUGCUGACAUCGCUUAUGCUAUUUCCCAAUGCUAAGUCGCCUCUGUUAAUGUCGAGGAAUGUAUUUGAUUCUAUUCAAGACACUUUGGAAAGCAACUUUGGAGAUAUUAGUCGCCGCUUUAGGACAGCUAUAUCAACAUUUCGUGGGAGUUAUCACUCUUGUGGUCAAGACCCAUAUAAAAAAUCUGUGAGUGGCAUUCUCGAUAUCGCAGAGUUAGAAAAAUUCAAAACUUUGAAGCGACCUCACACUGUUCUCGGCGUUGGGGGUGAUGAAGAAGCUUUAAGAGGUCAAAAGAGGUCUCGACCCAAUGAUAUAAAGAAACAGAUUCUAAUGACUGAUAAUAAUUCCCUUCGGGAAUCUUUUGAUCGAAAGAAAAAAGUUAUAGUAAUACAAAAUCGGUCAGAAGAUGGUACUUGGAAUUCAUCCCCGCAGAAUUCACCAUCAAUAGUGAGAAUUAUUCAUUCUCCUAAGACUACUGAGGCAGGACAUUGUCAUAACACUGUUGACGCGAGAUCUCCUAACGUAGUUAUAACCGAAUCGAAAACUAUGCCUGUUUCUUCAAACCCUUCUGGAUUUCCUGCCAAUGAGCCGGCAAGGGCCACAACCAUGCACUAUGUCUGCAAUCCUACUGCCUCCAACUCCAACAAUCCUGUCUCAGCAGUUCCAACACCUCUACCCAAAACCCUAUUACAUUCGCUACGACCGAGAGGGGAAGUAUUGUGGGACACUUCAUCAAUGACCAAAUAG